CUGGCACCCCAGUGUAGUUCAGUGUGCCGGUGACGGUGGAGGUGAUAGGACGGGGAAACCUCAGCCAACAAAGACUAAAUACACACCCGCGCUGACCCGCCCGAGGACCCGCUCUCAGGACCCACAUAAACUUUCUCCCCUUCCUCCACAUACACGAACGAAGCCGCCACCAACAUGAGGACUCUCUUAGCAGUCACCAUCAUCUUCGCCACAGUCCUGGGCACAGGAUGGUCUCUGAAGUGUUACCAGUGCAACAGUCACGAUAAACCAGACUGUAAGGGCCUCACCACUGACAAGGCUUCCGAGUAUCUGGUCGAAUGUGGCGACAAACCAGACGGCGAGAAGUAUACCCUCUGCCGGAAGCUGGACAUAUAUCUUGAUAUGGACUUUGGCAAACAUCAUCCAGCAGAGAACCGCGUCCACCGUGACUGUGGGUACGAGGUGUCAGAAGAGUCAUCAGAAAAUGACUGUUACUACAAGAGCGGCUACAACACACGCUCCUGGGUGUGUGCCUGUAACGAGGACGGCUGCAACGCCGCCACCGUGCCAUCUGCUGCUGCCGCUGCCAUCCUUCUCCCACUUGCCGCCGCCCUAGCUGCCGUCCUUAGGGGGGUCUACUAGCCCCCUAGCCCCCUUAUUUAUCUGUCCCCCCUAAUCUCUUAAUUCUGUCCAUUAUCUUCCUCUUCAUUCCUUCCUCACCAUAGUUUAAAGACACGCCCCCUUCCCCACCCAAGCCUUAGUUGAAUAGCAUUUGUUUGUUAUCGGCUGUUUUUCUUCCUUCCUUCCUUCCUUCCUUUCUUCCUUCUCAGUAGUUCCCCAUUCCAAGCUUUUUCCGGUACCCUUCAUUUUUAAGCCUCCUAAUUCUCUUUCCUCUCCAUCCUUUCUGCCUCCCUUCUUUACUUCUUUUCUUCCUGUUACUGAUUUCUCUUCUCCUCCUCCCCCUCAACAUGUUAGCUGGUAGUGGAGGCGUCCAUAGUAACCCCUUAAAGAGAGAGAGACACACACACACACAGAAAACUAAAUAAUCAGCACGCAACAUUACGCCUCCAGGUUGCUGCCCCCUUAAACAUACUGAGUCGGUCUCGCUUCGUCUGUUAGUAAUAUAAACCUUAUGUUUUUCAUUGAUUUCUUUUGAUACUCAUCGGUGCAAAAAACCUAUUAAAAAUUGUAUGACAGAACGCUCCUUAGUUUAUGUAAAAAGAAGAAGAAAAGUAAUACGUAUUUGAAUGUUUUUAUUUGCCUAGAGGCCCCUAGAACUACCGCCAGACAAGAUUGGUGUGUUGCCAGUGGUUGUGCUGCAAGAACCCAAGCGUGCCUCACUCUCUACCUCUCUCUCUCUCUGUCUCUCUCUCUCUACUCAUCUCACACCCCUCCCUCCAGACAGCUCAAAGAGUGGAGAGGAGAGGAUGAGUGAGAGGGGAGAGGAGCACGAGGAGGAGGAAGGGGGGCACAUCAGGGUCCCUGUACGUAGUGUUGAGAAAAUAAAAAACCUUCGCUGUAGAUAUAUUAAAAUAAGUAUUAUUAAUAACGCCAGAGAUCAGCCGCCUUUUUCUGACUAGUUGUAGAUUUAAAACGAUUUAAUUGUUAAUUGUUAAAUGACAAAUCACUGUAGUUCUUUUAUCUAUACUGUAUAUAUAUAUAUAUAUAUAUAUAUAUAUAUAUAUAUAUAUAUAUAUAUAUAUAUAUAUAUAUAUAUAUAUAUAUAUAUAUAUAUAUAUGUGUAAUAUAUAUAUAAUAUACAUACAUAUUGAGUACGUUGUUUGAUUUUGGUUAUUAGUAAUUGUUUUUGGGGGUCGAAAAAAAAAUAUUUUAUAAUUAUUCUUUAAAAUGUCGACAACUGAAAUGUGAUGUUUAUACGUGAGGUAACUGAUGCAAGUGAGAGAGUUAAUGUGGGUGUGUCAGGUGAAGCCAGGUCAGGUGAAGCCAGGUCAGGUGAAGCCAGGUCAGGUGAAGCCAGGUCAGGUGAAGCCAGGUCAGGUGAAACCAGGUCAGGAGAAGCCAGGUCAGCCCAGGUCAGGAGAAGUCAAACAAGACCAAGUCAAUGUUUAACUACUGCUCAGGUCCUACCAAAGCAGGUCAGGCCAGGUCCAGCGAAGUCUGCAGGGGUCAGGCCAGGUCCAGCGAAGUCUGCAGGGGUCAGGCCAGGUCCAGCGAAGUCUGCAGGGGUCAGGCCAGGUCCAGCGAAGUCUGCAGGGGUCAGGCCAGGUCCAGCGAAGUCUGCAGGGGUCAGGCCAGGUCCAGCGAAGUCUGCAGGGGUCAGGCCAGGUCCAGCGAAGUCUGCAGGGGUCAGGCCAGGUCCAGCGAAGUCUGCAAGGGUCAGGCCAGGAGUAAAUGUUAUGUCUGCUGAUACACCCUUGUUGUACCUGGCCGGCCGAUGUUGUACCUGGCCGGCCGAUGUUGUACCUGGCCGGCCGAUGUUGUACCUGGCCGGCCGGUGUUGUACCUGGCCGGCCGAUGUUGUACCUGGCCGGCCGAUGUUGUACCUGGCCGGCCGAUGCUGUACCUGGCCGGCCGGUGUUGUACCUGGCCGGCCGGUGUUGUACCUGGCCGGCCGGUGUUGUACCUGGCCGGCCGGUGUUGUACCUGGCCGGCCGGUGUUGUACCUGGCCGGCUGGUGUUGUACCUGGCCGGUCGGUGUUGUACCUGGCUGGCUGAUGUUGUACCUGGCCGGCCGAUGUUGUACCUGGCCGGUCGGUGUUGUACCUGGCCGGCCGGUGUUGUACCUGGCCUGCUGGUGUUGUACCUGGCCAGCUGGUGUUGUACCCGGCCAGCAGUCUACAUAAACAGGACACAACAAGCUACCAUCGACGGUUGUCCUGAUAAGCAGUAAAACAAACCAAUCUUUCUAAUGUACAGACAAAACAAAUUUCUUAAUGUACAGUAAAGGCAAUAAUGACCCGUCUAGCAGUAACCUUAAGACCCAUAUUAGCGAUAUUAUAAAAAAAAGACAGUUUUUUUUUUGCCACAUCGCACAAAUGUAUUAUCACGGUGUUUAGUCCAAAUGUGUGAGAUGUUGCUUCAUGUAGAUAAACGUAUACGUAGCCCACAUGUGUACAGGAGGUGAGGAAAGUUUCUAUAUGGUUGUGUUUACAGAGUCUCUUGAGGAAGUUAUUUAUUCAUCAUUAUUAUGAGUAUGUUCUCUAUCAUGUUAUUGUUUGAAGAGCACGUAAGUGAUCGAGGGGGGGCGGUGGUCGAGCACUCGCCUCCUUUCCUUAGGGUCACUGUUUACGUUUGUGCAGCCCCAGUUCACACAGCUAUAAAGGGCCACCUAACUUUACAGUUUGGGGAAGUGAAGGUGAUCGAGUGCAGUGCCAGCUACGAUGCUUCUCUGUGUACCAAAGAAAGACUUAGUUAGCAAUGGUCUGUAGUCCCACUGCCCCCACGAACGUCAUCACUUACCCAGAAUAACUCCGGAUACACCUUUCAGUACUUUUUUUAACACAUUACACAGGAUUCGUGGGUUCUUCUGCACACAACUUGGUUCUUCAACACAUGUUCUGUUUUACAGGUAGACUGUAAAGGAAAUAUCACGGCCAACCAUGAAGUACUCUAUACAAUAUACCAUCAAGUUUAAUUCACAACAGAUAUGUUAAAGAAUUCUGUUAUGUGAAGAAAAGAUGAAAAAUAUGUUGAAUGUGUAACGACCUCAAGGGGUUGAAAACACAAUCAUCAAUGGAAUAUUUAAACAUUCUGUAUAUCUGCAUCAGUCAAACACUUUUAUCCAAAAAGAAACAAGUCCGUCAAGUUCUUCAGAGUCAUUCUUAAGUUUUAAGUCACUUCGUCUAUUCUAAAUAUUCCUUGGGUAUGUGGACUCAUUAUCUUCGCCCAAAACAUGAAAGACAUUAUGUGCAACGAAUCAUAGAUGAUGAGUGAGCUAGGUUUCUGAACUACAGUAUCAUGUAUUUCUACUGUCGCGUCAUUGUGUCCCAACGUGUGUGUGUAUCUACAUAUACUCGGGACGUAAGGCGGGCUAAGGUGUGCUUUGGGGCUUCCUGUCAGUCUUAGGAAGCGCUGACUGGCCUAACCCCAAAACCCUGAUCUUUGUGAAUUAUGUAAACAAUUGUGAUGAUCGUGAAGGCAGCUAUGAUCCUCAAGUACCAAAUACCAAAUGAACCACUCUGAUCUGGAAGACGUAGUGGACAAAUGAACCCGUUUCUGACAAAUCUACAGUAGAUCGCAUAGUGGAUGAACGAGCCCUGUUGUGUCUGAGGCGUCGUGACCUGGGUUGGUAGUGUGUACUGAGGAUGAUAGUUGUCUGGAGCGACGGGGCAGUUGUUGCCACCCUAAACAUCACGUGUCUGUGUAACAUAGACUAAGAUACCUCAAACUUAUGUAAAUCAUCAAAAGACUGCAGGCUAUAUAAGGGAUCCGGCUUACGGGCGACGAUACAACUAAGAUUACUCCGUCUGAGCUUUGCGUCCGUAGUUGUGGUGAACGUGUCAGGUAGUGGCAGGCAGCAAGCAGUAGGCGACGAGGCAAAAAGAAUGGUAGUAGUAACAAUAGCAGCACGAGGCCAACCACCAGCAAUAAUAGUUGCGGAGUAGUAAAUAAAGGGGAAUCAUUGUUUAUGUUGCUGCUGUUGUUGUGGUGCUGCUCUCUACCCACCCACCAGCAACAGCAGCAGCAGACAGUAGCAAGCAGUAGGCGAUGAAGAAGAGGCAGUAGUAGUAGUAGUGGCAGCAGGAGGCCGAACAGCAGUAUAGGCACAGUAGUAUUCACAUGAGUCAGGAGAAUUAGCUGCUGCUGCUGUUGUUGCUGACAAUGGUGCCACUGCUGGUGUCUGCUCACCACCUACCAACACCACCACAAGUGAACCAAAGAGACCCAGACCUCGGUGCGAUAACUUGUGCCAUUUCUGUUAGACCUUGUUCAUUAUCAUGUUUGGAGUCUAUCUUGUGAAAUACUAUUUUGUAUUGGAAGAUAUUUUCAUAGCAGAUGAAUAAAUAAAUAAGUAAAUAAACUACCAAGUGAGGAAGACCAUCCCCUGUAAGACUGUUGUAAUAUAUUGACGUUCAAGUUUCAAGUAUAAAUGAUGUUUUCUUUCUAAAACUCUCCAAUCAUUUACUUGCAUGUAAAUAAAGCUAUAUAGUUAA